AUGAAAGCUUCAAUCAUGAGCAUUACGCCACCUCGUAUCUACACGAUGAUGAAUAACCUGAACAACAUUCAAGAUAACUAUCCAAUGACACCCAGCGAUAGUGGAGAAAUUCCAUUAAAUAAUGCUAAAUCAUCAAGAAAAAGUCGAUGGCGUCUUUCAGAGGUUCCACCAGAAAUAAUGCAAUUGAUAACACCUCCAAAUUCAGAAACUUCCGGGUCACCCGUAGGCUUUUCGCUAAGCUCUCCGUGUACCCCAUAUUCCACGUCCACCCAAAUGUCAGAGAAUCUUUGCGCAACUCCUCCAGCUGAAAUUUCAAAGUCAUGUACACGUAAAAGACCUCGCAAGAAUCCAUAUCCUGUUCGCAGUCCAGAUAAAGAUACGGAUGAUGAUUCGAUGUGUUUUAGGAUCAAUGUAUAUGAAAUAUAUAAAAAGAAUCCGAAGGCCCUCCUCGACAAGCCAUCGUAUAAACGCAAAACUGGCUAUAGGAGAAUCAAGUCGAUCAUAGACUCUAAAAUUGACAAGACACAACCACCACCGCCCCCGAUGCCAUUUGACGAAUUGAUGGGCAAUCUCGAAGACCUUGACCUCAGCUACAAUUUCCUUGACACAAUUGACCGACCGAAAAUCACUUGGAGGGGUGUCGAAUCAAAUAUCGAGUCGCAGGUCCAUUCCGAAGUCUUACACAGAGUUGAGGCCAAAGCCUGCAGCAUUCUGCGACUAACACCCGAACAAUAUCUCAAUUCCAAAUUGAUCAUUCUUACUGCUGCUAAGGAGUAUCGAGAAAGACUGAUGCCAUUUAGAAAGGUGGAUGCACAGAGAAUUGUUAGGAUAGACGUGAAUAAAGCGUGCAAACUUUGGGAGUUUUUCUCGCAAGCUGGAUGGAUUUAA